AUGAGAAAAUCAACUACAAAUCUUCUUGUCCUGUUAUAUGCUCUUCUUUUCACAGAAGGAAUUGGAGGAGUUCAGCUGCAGCAGAAUGGAGAAUCAAAAAUAAGCUGCAAUCUGAGUGAGCUAAUUGCUCUUAUCAAGUUCAAGGAAUCGCUGAUUGAUAAUUCAAACCGUUUGUUAUCCUGGGUUGGAGAAGACUUUUGUACGUGGAAGGGAGUGGGUUGCAGCAAGGGAACCGGCACAGUCGUGGAGCUUGAUCUACGCAAUCCAAUUCUGUUCGACUCUGAUAGAUACAACAGUGACAACAAUUAUACAGCAAAAUAUGACGCAGACCGCUUGCAAGGUGAAAUAAAUCCUUCUAUACUCAAUUUGAAGCAUUUGCAUCACAUAGACUUAAGCUGUAAUAACUUUUCUGGAAUGUAUCUCAACCUCUCUGAGAGUUUUUUUCAAGGUCCACUCCCAACCGAGAUAGGCAAUGCGUCGAAACUUACUGUUCUCGACCUCUCUGACAAUGAGUUGGAAGGUGAAAUACCACCCACCAUAAGGAAUCUCUGCAACUUGAGCGCCCUCGAUUUGUCCUACAACAAAUUCAAUGGUGAGCUUCCAAUUCUCAUAGAAAAUACGUCCGGUUGCCUCUCUGAUAGUUUAAAGGACUUGCGUCUUGGAUCCAACAGCAUUCCCUUGAGCAUUGGGCAACUCUCGAAGCUAGAAUAUUUGGAUAUGAGUAACAAUUUCUUGUAUGGCUCUGUCUAUGAACUUCACUUCGCCAAUCUCACUAGGUUGAAUACGCUGUACUUGUCUCUAAACUUGUUGGUUUUCGAUGUCAGCCCUCAAUGGGUUCCUCCUUUUCAACUCCGAAAUAUUGACUUGGAAUCCAUUCAAUUAGGACCUCAAUUUCCUCCUUGGCUUCAAACACAGAGGCACCUCGAGUACUUAGGGCUUCGUAACACUUGUAUCUCUAGUACCAUCCCUUACUGGUUUGGGGAUUUGUAUUCCCACAUUGAGGUGUUAGAUAUAUCCCAAAAUCAGAUCAGUGGGAAACUGCCUAGGUUUUCGAAUUCUAAAAUUAACGGUACUCGAAGGAGGUUAUAUUUGAAUUCCAAUAAAUUUGGCAGCCCGUUAAUAUCAGUCCCUUCAGAUGUCGCCAUUUUAGACAUUUCCAACAACCUACUUUCAGGAUCAAUUCCUCUUAUAAAUGGUAGUAUCAAUAUGACAUUGGAGCAUAUUGAUCUCUCGACUAACAAUUUGACUGGAGGAGGACUUCCUUGGUGCAUUGGGGACUUGCACCGACUAGAAGUUCUUGAUCUGAGUAAUAACAACCUACAUGGUGAAAUUCCAACUUCUCUGGGUUCUCUUCGAAGCCUCUUAUCUUUACACUUGAGCAGUAACAGAUUUCAUGGAAAGAUCCCUUUGUCACUAUGUAAUUUGACAAAUCUGCAACAUCUCGAUCUAAGUGAAAACGAAUUUGCGGAUAUUAUCCCACCAUGGAUCGGAGAAAAGCCUUCGAGUCUAAAAUUUCUGAGUCUUCAAUCAAAUAAAUUUUAUGGUGAUAUUUCUCUACAUCUUUGUCACCUUUCAUCUCUUCAACUGUUGAACUUGGCGCGUAAUAGUAUAACUGGAUGUAUACCAAGGUGUUUUGGCAAUAUCAGUCCCAUGAUUAAGGAUCGUAGUACUUGGACUACGAAUUAUUACAAGGAAUCCAUUUUAGCUUAUACGAAGGGUAGAGAACUUGAAUACACCCAAUCGCGUGCGCUCGAAUUACUCACAUCCAUUGAUCUUUCAAACAACCAUAUAGUUGGAGAAAUUCCGGGAGAGUUGAUGGAUCUUGUUGGGUUGAGAUACUGA